GGCCGGGGGUCGCGGGGGGCGGCCCGGAGCCCGCGCGGCCUAGCCCCAGAGGCGGAUCCCCGGGCUGGCGUGAGCGGCCGAGCCGGCCUCCCUGCCCCCCCGGCCGGGGCUGAUGCGGCCGAUCCCCCGGCUGUGAGCGCCCUCCCGCUCCUCCUCCCCCCGACUCUCCGCCUUUCCCUCCCCCGAGGCGCCGGCGCCAUGUCCAGCGCCCGGACCCCGCUGCCCACGCUGAAUGAGAGGGACACGGAGCAGCAGCCAGUCCUGGGACCCCUGGACCCCAAGCCCGGCGGUAAGUCCAAUAUGCUGCGGGGCCGCAACUCCGCCACUUCCGCCGACGAGCAGCCCCACAUCGGCAACUACCGGCUCCUCAAGACCAUCGGCAAGGGGAAUUUUGCCAAAGUGAAGCUGGCGCGGCAUGUCUUGACCGGGAAAGAGGUGGCGGUGAAAAUCAUCGACAAGACGCAACUCAAUUCCUCCAGCCUUCAGAAACUUUUCCGGGAAGUGCGAAUAAUGAAGGUUUUGAAUCACCCCAACAUAGUUAAAUUAUUUGAAGUGAUUGAGACGGAGAAAACACUGUACCUUGUUAUGGAGUAUGCUAGCGGAGGGGAGGUGUUCGACUACCUGGUUGCCCAUGGCAGAAUGAAGGAGAAGGAGGCCAGAGCAAAAUUUCGCCAGAUAGUAUCUGCCGUGCAAUACUGUCACCAGAAAUUCAUUGUACACAGAGACUUGAAGGCCGAGAACCUGCUCUUGGAUGCGGACAUGAACAUCAAGAUCGCCGACUUUGGCUUCAGCAACGAGUUUACCUUCGGCACCAAGUUGGACACCUUCUGCGGCAGCCCCCCCUACGCUGCUCCCGAACUCUUCCAGGGAAAGAAGUACGAUGGGCCGGAGGUGGAUGUCUGGAGCCUGGGGGUCAUCCUCUACACUCUGGUCAGCGGCUCGCUGCCUUUUGACGGCCAGAACCUCAAGGAGCUGCGGGAGCGGGUGCUGAGGGGCAAGUACCGCAUCCCCUUCUACAUGUCAACGGACUGUGAGAACCUCCUCAAGAAAUUCCUCAUCCUCAACCCCAGCAAGAGAGGCACGUUAGAGCAAAUCAUGAAAGACCGGUGGAUGAACGUAGGCCACGAGGAGGACGAGUUGAAGCCCUAUGUGGAGCCGCUCCCCGACUACAAAGACCCCCGCCGGACAGACCUGAUGGUGUCCAUGGGUUAUACGCGGGAGGAGAUCCAGGAUUCGCUGGUGAGCCAGAAGUACAAUGAGGUGAUGGCCACUUACCUGCUGCUUGGCUACAAAAGCUCUGAGCUGGAGGGCGAUACCAUCACUUUAAAGCCCCGGCCAUCAGCUGAGCUGACCAAUAGCAGCGCCCCAUCCCCAUCCCACAAGGUACAGCGCAGCGUCUCCGCCAACCCCAAGCAGCGACGCUUCAGUGAUCAGGCUGGUCCUGCCAUCCCCACCUCCAAUUCCUACUCCAAGAAGACCCAGAGUAAUAAUGCUGAGAACAAACGGCCCGAAGAGGAGCGGGAGUCCGGGCGCAAGACUAGUAGCACUGCUAAAGUGCCUGCCAGUCCCCUGCCUGGCCUUGAAAGAAAGAAGACCACACCCUCACCUUCCACGAACAGCGUCCUCUCCACCAGCACAAACAGGAGCCGGAACUCCCCCCUCCUGGACCGUGCCAGUCUGGGCCCGAGCUCCAUCCAGAACGGCAAAGACAGCCUAACCAUGCCGGGUUCCCGGGCCUCCACGGCUUCCGCUUCUGCCGCUGUCUCCGCGGCCCGGCCCCGCCAGCACCAGAAAUCCAUGUCGGCCUCCGUUCACCCCAACAAGGCCUCCGGGCUGCCCCCCACGGACAGUAAUUGUGAGGUGCCGCGGCCCAGCACGGCCCCCCAGCGGGUCCCCGUGGCCUCUCCCUCGGCCCACAACAUCAGCAGCAGCGGGGGCGCCCCAGAGAGGACCAACUUCCCUCGGGGCGUGUCAAGCCGCAGCACCUUCCACGCUGGGCAGCUCCGCCAGGUGCGGGACCCUCAGAACCUGCCCUACGGCGUGACCCCCGCCUCUCCCUCGGGCAACAGCCAGGGCCGGCGGGGCGCCUCGGGCAGCAUCUUCAGCAAGUUCACAUCCAAGUUCGUGCGCAGAAAUCUGUCUUUCAGGUUUGCCAGAAGGAACCCGAAUGAGCCCGAAAGCAAAGACCGAGUGGAAACCCUCAGACCUCACGUGAUGGGGAGCGGGGCCGCCGACAAGGAGAAGGACGACAACAGGGAGGCCAAGCCCCGCUCGCUGCGGUUCACCUGGAGCAUGAAGACGACGAGCUCCAUGGAACCCAACGAGAUGAUGCGGGAAAUCCGCAAGGUGCUGGACGCUAACAACUGCCAGUGCGAGCUGCAGGAGAAGUACAUGCUGCUGUGCAUGCACGGGACGCCAGGCCACGAGACCUUCGUGCAGUGGGAGAUGGAGGUGUGCAAGCUGCCCCGCCUCUCCCUCAACGGGGUCCGCUUCAAGCGGAUAUCCGGCACCUCCAUGGCCUUCAAGAACAUUGCCUCCAAGAUUGCCAACGAAUUGAAGCUUUAACAGGCGGUGGGGGGGCGCGGGGGGAGGGGGCGGGGGCUCCCCCCCUCCACAGGACCAGCACGGGACAGAGCCCAGCCUCAGGGGCAGGGGUGGUGUACCCAUCCACCCGGUGGGGCCAGGGGGGGACUGGAUUUUUGUGUGUGUGACCUGCUGGCGUCCCCCUCCCGGCCCCCCCCUUUGUUUUUCUUUCGGCGGUGGGUGAGGAAUAUAGUGCCUCCCCACCCCAAUCCCCCCUUGAGCUGACAGAAUUAGGGGGGCGGGGCCGGGCAACCCCUGGGUACCGCAGUUGCACAGAGUAUUUCGCGAAACCAAGAAAUUUUUUUAUAACCAAAAAAAAGAAACCCACCAGCCCCCCUCCAUCCCCGCUCCUUGGGCUCCUUCCCCCCUGCACGGGUGGGACGUCCCCCUUGGUGGAGUGAGCCCGGGGCCGGCCUUCCCCCCCCCCCCCACCAGGGCCAAGAAGAGUACAGGGUUGGGGGCGGGGGACUGCCUGGGCUCCCUUAGAGCAUCCAUCCAUCCGAGGAGGCCAUCCCCACCCAGCUUGGGACUUCGAAAGUUGUUUUCCUGCACGACCCCAUCCUGGACAGAUGGGAUGGAAGGGCGGGGGGUGGGUGGGCAGGGGGUGCCCUGCUUCCACAGGAGGCCGGUGGGGUUUGGGGGGGUGGGUCCGGCCCCUCCCUCGGGAUUGCGGUUCCGGGCGGUGGCCACAGGAGGGCGAGCUCCUGCUGGGGCAUCAGUGCGGUCCUGGCCCCGAAGCUGGCCUUCCUUUGCCCCAAAGCUGCUGUUGGGGGAGGGCAAGCUCCCUCAUCCCCCCACCGCCUCCCUCUCCACCGAGGAAACCGUGCCAUCCCCUUCCCCCCCAGGGGAGGGUGGGCCUCAGGGUGUCCCUUUGUCCCUCACCUCGUCUCCAGCCACCUGCCAAAUACCCCAGGAACACGGUCCAGCGGGCAGCCAAGUGGUGUGGGGAGAAGUCCAGAGGGGGUGGGAGGGGUGUCUGUUUCCUAUCCCCACCCUUGUCCCCAUCCCUCGGGGGUGACACAAGCUCCCCCCACCCUUGUCCCUGGGUGAUGAUCUCCAUUGUCGGAGAGCCCCUCGUCUGAAAGCACAGACCCCACCCCCAGUCCGCCUUUUCCCCUCCCCCUGCUCCCGUUCGUUGGCAUUAAUCCGGGCACUGGCUGGUUUCGUAGCAGUGGCUUCUUGGGGGUCCAAGCCCCGGUUCCCUGUGAGACGGUUCAGUUGUUUUCUUUCUCUCGACUUUCCGCUCCCUCCCGUGCCCCCCUCCCGUGGCAGACCGAGGGUCGGGUCUCGCCCCCUCCCCGCAGGGUGGAGUGGACGAGGUCUGCCCCGGUGCCCGAGGCCAAGGCAGGCCGGGGUUGGGGUGGAUGGGGGGGAAGGUGGUUUCCAGUGGGCUAAAUCAUCCCCCUCUCCCCUCCGCCCCCCGGGCCUUUCGCAGUCGGGGCCCGGUGGGGGGGAGAGCAGCUAUCGCAACCCUUAAUUUAUUUCUCUGCUGUUUCUAGUUUUGAGAAGCUGGGGCCGGGCUGACCCUACCUUUUCGGAGAUGUACAUUUUUUUUUUUGUGAUGGGUUUUUUUUUUAUUAUUAUUAUUUUUGAUUUACGGCUCUUCCUCCCCUCUUACCUCCCCAGCAAGAAUUGGGGGUAAAUCGAGCCACUGGUUUCCAGGAGCCACGCCCCCUCCCCCCCUUUCCAGCCCCCCCAAAUGAGGGCUCCGGCUCCAGACCAAGGGCUUCACACCCCCCACCUCCCCUCCCCGGCCUCCCUCUCUCCCAUCCCCCUCGAGGCCUUUGCCGGAGAGGACCUUCCCACCCCCCACGUCGAGGGGAAGGGGACGUGGGGGGGGGGGAGGGGGCACAGCGAGCCGGAGAGGUUCCCCUCUCUCCCACCCUCCCAGACCCCUUCCCGCACUUACUUUCUCCUCUGGAUCAGACACGUAAUAAAGAGAAUGUUUGGAAUCUGAA